AUGUCAAACAUGGAAAGUUACAUUAACAGGUUGAUGGAUGAAUAUUCAAUAUUAUUGAAUGACACUUUGAAGCAGAAGUUAGUUUUUAACAUUGAUGGAUACAAGAUGAAUAUAAAAGAAAAUGGAACUAUUCAAACUAAAUUAUAUUAG